CUCCAGUAUCUGCAACCACAACUUUGCCUCGCCACAUGACAAUCAAGGGUGAGAAUGGGAGGUAUCUGGCACUCAAAUCGGAUGGGCUCCUCACAUUUGAUGCCGACCAGAGAAGUUUCCUCACAUGCCACGAGGUGAUCUACAAUUUCGACGACUCCGAAGGCACCUUCUCUGUACGUGCUCCAAACGGCAGAUUUUGGAGGCGUAAUCCUACUAACUGGAUUCGAGCGGAUGGCAACACACAGCCACCCCCUGUGACCGACCAGAGGACCCGAUUCAAGCUCGUGAGGUUUGAAUCAGGCAGGCUGGGAUUCCUGUCUGCACUUGAUGAUCGAUACCUCAAGCGCUACGACGCCGCGGUCCGUGGGUACAACGCCGUGCAAUCUCAGCCUGACCCUUUCAGCCAAGUUGAGGUGAGCGAUGGUUCCGAGCAUGCAAUUCACCUCCCACGUUUCAUCACGUUCAAGGGAGACAAUGGCCAGUUUCUGCUUGUACGCCUCCUACGAAACGACAGAAACUGGUGGCUCCAGUUCAGUGGUGCGGAAAACGAUGUGUCCAAAGAUGAGGCCAUCAACAACGUAGUUCAGAUGGUUGAUGGCAGCUUAGCAUUCUACAACAUUCACAGGCAAGCUUAUUGGCGCAACAGUGCUCUUGGUCCAAAUGACAGGGGCGAUUGCUGGGUAUGGGCAGAUGGACCUGCAGAAGGAGAUGAGAGAUGCCACUUCUGGCCCAUAAGGCUGAGCACCCAAAUGCUGGCCCUCAGGAGCAAAUACAACGACAGGCUGUGCAAAAGGUUAACUAAUUUUUGGACUAACUGCUUGUCCGCUACCGCAAAUGGCACAAACGAUGUAACAACACGUCUUACCAUCAGUGAAGCUACACUCUCAAGAUCAAUUUUUAACGUCAGGUACCUUCUCGAGCUGGCUACCACCACGGAUCAGAGGUUACUCAUGGUUGGCCAGGGCUCGGUCGUCAAUAAUCGGAACGAGCCCGCAGACAUGACUGUCACUGUGACUUUGUUGCAGAAUGUUUCCACGCAAAGGACAUUUUCAAACUCCUACACCAUCACCCAGAAGAUUUCCACCACGUUCACAGCCGGCAUCCCCAAGAUCGCUGCAAAUCAGACUACCAUUGAGAUUGGCGCUGAGCAAACAUUUAGUAAGGAAUGGGGUGAAACAGAGGAGGAAGGCGUGCAAUUCCAGACUGAAUACCUCGUCCGUAACGUUCAACCUCACAUGACGGCCAGAGCCACCGUGUUUGCGAGCACUGGACGGAUGCGUGUCCCCUUCACUUAUACGAGCAGAGAGAGGGGUGCCAAUGGGAUUGAUCGACCCUCUGAGAACCACGUUGAUGGGGUCUUUGAUGGCGUGUCAGCGUAUAACAUCCACGCAAUUUUAAGUGAUGGUGAAUCGGAAAGAGAUUUUCCUUUGGUUCUAGCCAAUGGCUUUUAUCACAUGGAAGAGUAGGAUUAAAUAAAUUGCAUGGUUUAUCACCUUUAUGAACUGAACGUCACUUUUGAGAUGCCGAAA